CACUGGAAUUCAAAUUUGCUUUCAUACCAAGUCUGAAAGUUAUGGCUUAACCCCAUCUACUAAAAUAAAAAGCAAUUGAGAAUGCUGAACUCCAAUAGCAGAUCAUCAUCUGCAGAAAAGAAAGUUGAUCAAUCUGUUGGAUAUCAGGAGGUUCACAGUCGGGAUUUAAGAAAGGAGAGUGAACUUGAUAAUGACAAGGCUGAAUUGGGAGAGGUGAUGGAAGAAAAUGCUAGGUUAAAAAUGACGUUAAAUCAUAUGGAGAAGGAUUACCAUUCUCUCCAGCUGCGGUUUUUCGACAUCCUCAAGCAACAGGCUUCCAAAAAAGCUGUAAAUGUCUCGGGUCACCGAAUAAUUGAAGAACCGGAGGAGCUCUUGUCUCUUUGUCUUGGAAGAAGUCCAAGGGAGCCUAAAAGUGAUCGUGAAACUACUGCCAGCAGCAACUUCCCAAAACUUGCACAAGUUGAUGAUGGUGAAGAGAACUUGAAGGCCAAUCUUACUCCUGAAUUAGGUUCUGAUGAGACUAGUUUGGAAGAACCUAAUAAGAAUCAUGCAGAAAUUUCAAGGUAAAUUACACGUUCCAAUCAUCCAACAAAAUUUCAAGAUAAAAAGAAGAGCUGAGAUAGUAAAACAAGAAGGUUGUUAACAUCCUAAAAUAAUGAUUAGAAGGUAAAUUUUAGGAGGUAAUUAAAACCUUCCAAUAAUGAGUUUUUGCCUUUGGGUAGUUCAAAUUUCAAAUCAUUGAGAUUAACCUUGUGAUGAAAAGCUCACACGCACGAUUGAUUUGUUCCAUUCUGAAUUUCUGAAAUGGCUUGCCCUGCUGGUUACCCAGAUGACCCAAAAACUCCAUCCUCAAUUAUAAGCACUUCUUAAAUAUUUAGAAUCCUCUCAUAGUCAUAUAAAUUCAGCUGAUCAAUAGUGGUGAUAGGAUCUGAUGGUUUUAUAUAAAAUGAUUUUAGGUAACCAUACCGCUAGGGUGUGCAAUAAAUAC